UUCGUCAUAAAUUCUUGAAGGUAAGGCGUUCUUCUGUGGAUAAAAAGUGGUUCAGAAAGAAAAAGAUGAAUCAUUGCAACCUUCAGCAGAACGCCUUCAUGUCGUCCCCUGACGAAUCCAGAGGAUUUGUUGUUCCUGUCUCUUCUUGUGUUGUUUGUCCUAAGCCUCGUCGCGUUAGCAUUCUCUCCAACAACGCUAUUCAUCUGUUUAGAUCAUCACAUCCUAGUCAGCCAGGAGCAGCUGAUGUAUGUGAUUCUCAAGCCGGGGCAGAUCUUUUGGACAUCAUCCGUAGAAAGGAAGAAACAUUAUCUGGUGUAGCUUCAUCGCCUCCAUUUUUCCUCGGGUCUCCCCCAAGCAGAGUAUCAAACCCAUUAGCUCAAGAUGCACGAUUUGGAGAUGAAAAACUCAACCCUGUCUCCCCCUCGCUCUCACCAUUCCUUACAUCUCCAUCUCCAUCGCCAUCUCGUGUCAAAGGAGGAGGUUGUGGUGGUCGAGUGAAGUUUGGGCUCAAACCGGCAGCUGUUAGAGUUGAAGGAUUCAACUGCUUUAACAGGGACCGCCAAAGCUCAAACAUAUCUGCCAUGGCUUAGAAAAGGAAAGAAGAAAGGAACAGAGAUUCACAAAAGUGUAAAUAAAAUUCCAAAAUCAAGACUAUAAAUCUUUGAAGAUCUGUCUACAACACCAGUUAAGGCUUUUUGACCACAGUUUUCUUUAACUUUGAGGUCAAUAUUUGUGUAUAUAUACCGUAACAACAAAGAUGUGUUUAUUGAGUCUCGUUGUAACAUAUUAAAACCAAUUUGGAGUCUCUUUGUUCCUUUUCUUUUUUGUCUGUAUAAAAGCUUGUAUAUUAACGUUUUUCUCUGUAUGGAGAUUCUCAAUCUUUGUAAAAUGUAACUUCGAUAAAUAUGAAUGCUCUUUGUAUUA